AGAGAGAGAGAAGAAAAGGAAAAUUGAAAAAGGAAGUCGUUGAUAGAUAAUAAGAGGUGAAGAGGGAAGAAGAAGAAUCCGGUGGGCUUUGAGCUGUGAUUUAGCUGUCCUUGAUGUUUAUCUCACACAUUCCAAAAUCUCUCAUUUCUCUCUCUUGAAAAUACCCUCUCUCUUCUCGCAUCUCUGCACACCAGUCUCUCACUCUCUCUUUUCCUUCCUUCCCUGAUUACAUUUCUUUCUUGGCAUUUGUAAUCUGAGAAGAAAAAAAAGAAAAAAACAAAGAGGAGAGGAGCUGAAAAAGAGAAGAAGACAAAGGAAGAAAGCAUCAAAUGUUCAGUGUGAGAUGAAGAAGAAGAGCUUCCUCUACCUCUACUUGAAUCUGCAUCUGGAUUUCCUUCUAUUCUUCUUCUUGUUAUUUGCUUCUCCUCUUUCUUCUUCAGCUAAAGAAGGUGGAGAUGGCUUUAUUUCUAGCAAUGGCGGACUCACUGACGCUGAAGCCAUGUACAUCAGGCAGCGGCAGCUUUUGUACUACAGAGAUGAGUUCGGUGAUAGAGGAGAGAAUGUCACUGUCGAUCCUUCUCUUGUCUUCGAGAACUCCAGGCUUAAGAAUGCCUACAUUGCUUUACAAGCUUGGAAGGAAGCUAUCCUUUCCGAUCCUCUCAAUCUGACUGGUAACUGGGUCGGAUCUGAUGUCUGCAACUACACUGGCGUCUACUGUGCAAAAGCUCUCGAUAAUCGACGGAUCCGAACUGUUGCCGGCAUUGAUCUCAACCACGGGGACAUUGCCGGUUACCUUCCUGAGGAGCUAGGGUUGCUAACCGAUCUUGCGUUGUUUCAUAUCAACUCGAAUCGUUUCUGCGGCACAGUGCCUCACAAGUUUAUCCACCUCAAGCUUCUGUACGAGCUGGAUCUCAGUAACAAUCGCUUCGCUGGCAAGUUCCCUCAGGUAGUUCUCAAAUUGCCCUCGCUCAAGUAUCUCGAUCUGAGAUUCAAUGAGUUUGAAGGCACUGUUCCUAAGGAGCUCUUCGACAAGGAUCUUGACGCCAUUUUUAUUAAUGACAAUCGGUUCCACUUCAAUCUGCCGGAUAAUUUUGGUAACUCUCCGGUUUCUGUGAUUGUUCUUGCAAAUAAUAAGUUCCAUGGAUGUGUUCCUUCGAGCUUGGGCAAUAUGACGAACUUGAAUGAGAUUAUCUUGUUGAAUAAUGGCUUACAGUCGUGUUUGCCUUCGGAGAUCGGGUUUUUGACGAAUUUGACUGUGUUUGAUGUGAGCUUCAAUAAGCUAAUGGGACCAUUACCUGAUACAAUUGGGAAGAUGGUGAGCUUGGAGCAGCUGGAUGUGGCACAUAACAUGUUCUCGGGUACGAUUCCUGGGAGUAUCUGUUCGCUUCCGCAUCUGCAGAACUUCACCUACUCUUACAACUUCUUCACGGGCGAGCCUCCAUCUUGCCUGAGACUUGCUGCGUUUGAUGAUCGGAAGAAUUGCCUGCCAGCGAGGCCGGACCAGAGGUCAGCCGCGCAAUGUAAGUUCUUCUCGUCUCGUCCUGUGCAUUGUAGUGCUUUCAGAUGUGCUCCUUUUGUACCUUCUCUGCCACCUCCGCCUCCACCUUCACCUCCCGUGCAUGUGCCAUCGCCGCCGGUUUUCUCACCACCUCCUCCAGUAUUCACGCCUCCAUCGCCUUCUCCACCACCUCCACCACCGCCGCCGCCUGUCUUCUCACCACCACCACCAAUCUUCUCUCCGCCGCCCCCUUCGCCUCCGCCGCCCUCGCCACCACCGCCAUCCCUUCCACCACCUUCUCCAUCACCACCACCCCCAUCCCCGCCACCACCAUCCCCUCCACCACCUUCCCCAUCACCACCGCCUCCGUCUCCGCCACCUCCAUCCCCUCCACCACCUUCCCCAUCACCACCUCCUCCGUCUCCGCCACCACCAUCCCCUCCACCUCCAUCUCCACCGCCACCAUCCCCUUCAGUACCUCAACCGUCUCCACCAUAUUGUGUUCGGUCAGCACCGCCACCUCCAGUUUACUGUGCUCGAUCUCCACCCCCGCCUUGUGUUCGGUCUCCGCCGCCUCCACCUCCACCUCCACCCCAUUCGCCACCACCUCCGCCACAUUCUCCCCCUCCUCCCCCUUCACCUCCACCUCCGCCACUCUCCCCUCCUCCCCCUUCACCUCCUCCGCCACAUUCGCCACCUCCUCCCCCUUCACCACCUCCACCACAUUCACCGCCACCACCUCCACCUUCGCCGCCACCACCACCUCCAUCGCCACCUCCUCCCCCUUCACCACCUCCUCCGCCACAUUCGCCACCUCCUCCCCCUUCACCACCUCCACCUCCUCCACAUUCGCCGCCUCCUCCCGUUUACUAUUCCCCACCUCCCCCACCCAAUUCGCCUCCACCUCCACCACCCAAUUCACCUCCACCGCCACCUCCAUGCAUAGAACCACCACCACCUCCAUGUAUAGAGCCCCCACCCCCACCCCCAUGCAUAGAACCGCCCCCACCACCACCAUGUGAAGAAGAUGAGCCACCACCACCACCACCCUCACCGUCUCCAAUCCACUACUUGCCACCUCCAUCUCCAUCACCACCACCAGCAGCGCCAAUUUACAAUUCUCCACCACCACCUCACUAUUGAUUCUUUUGAGAAUUUUCUUCCUACAUUCCCACCUUAGAAGAAAGAAAAAGAGAAGCGACGUUUCAGUCAUCUUGGCUGUUGCUAGAUUCUUCUUCCCCUGCUUUUACUUCUCUGUCCGCUAUUGCUGUCUGAGCGAGCCUCGUCGCCGGAGGAAGAAUGCAGAAUAGAAUUCCUGCAAUCAUCGAUGGGUUUGGGUUCGAGCAAUAUGUGGUGCUCUAUAUUGGAGAAAUUACAUUUGUGGAGGAAGAAGAGAUAGAGAUUAAGAGAAGAGGAGAGAAAUAGACAGGGGGGACCAAAGGAGAAAUUCUCGCCAUAUUUGUUUGAAUUGUUAUGGAUAUUUGAGUUGUGAAUAAAUUGGUAGAAAGAGAAUUAGAUUUCAGCGAAAUGUGUAUGUAUAGGGUUGAGAUUCAUAAAAAUUGUUAGGCAGGGUCUGAAAGGCAGUGGCACCUCUGUUCUUCCUGCUGCUGCUGCUACUUUGUGGGUUUUUUUCAUUAUUAUCCGUUUUUUUUCUGUUGUUCCUUGUCAUACUUUCAUUACUUCUAAUUUUCCAUUUUAUAGUUAUGAUGAAUAUUAUCAGUUACUGAUAUUCAUUUUCAAA